AUGGGAGCAGCAGGUCUGAUCUGCAGCGCCGUCAGUCAGAACGUCUCCUUCAUGGGUAAAACCUGGUGUCUGUCCAUGCUGCUGCCCCGCCUGCUGCUGGUGCUGCUCGCCGGCUCCACCCUCUACAGCGACGACCAGGCCCGGUUCGUCUGUGACACCAUCCAGCCGGGCUGCUCCACCGCCUGCUUCGACGCCUUCGCCCCCGUGUCCGUCCACCGCCUCUGGCUCCUCCACUGCCUUGUGCUCGGCCUCCCCCACGCGCUGUUCGCCGCCUACGUGGCCCAUGAAGUGCUGUCCCACACCGGCGCCGCGCCGCGUGGACGUGGACCUCCGCGCUUCCACGGCACCUACUCGCUGAGCGUGGUCCUUCGCAUGGUUCUGGAGGCCUGUUGUGGCGCGGGUCAGUUUGUGGUGUUUGGGCUGUCGGUGCCUAAGAGCGUCCUCUGCCACGAGGCUCCCUGCGUGUCAGGGGUCCAAUGCUACGUCUCCAAACCCACUGAAAAGACCUUGAUGCUCCACCUCAUGCUCGGCGUCGCCUCCUUGUCCGUUCUGCUGAGUCUGCUGGACCUGGUGAGCUCCGUGAGGGCGAUGCUUAGAUGGAGGAGAGCGGCGGUGCUGGUGGAGGAGAUGAAAGCGGAGCGCAGCGGCGUGUUCACCACCACAGGCGGCGCUGAGGACGGAGGGCUCUCAUCCAGACGGAGCCGUCCCAGCGGCAGCUCCGCCGGCGCCGACAGAGACGCUGAGCGGCCUGGUCCUAAAGGGAUUCAACCGGACGAAGCUGCUGCUUCAGCCGUGUCUCCCCUCAGAGGAGCCGCCACACACGUGGCUCUGCUCGAUCCGGAUGCAGAGGACCCGGUCCAGCAGGCUGAGGGUCCAGACAGGAGAGCCUGGGUGUAAGUGGACCUACACAGAAUAAUGAGGUUAGGAGUGAUGAGGACGAGGUGCUGCUGAGAGGCCACGUAUCAAUAUGUACCGUUACACAACUCCAGACGAUGCACGCACACAAACUGCUGUGCGGCUCCGCUUCACAUCAGCUUCACGUGACAGAACGCUCACAGCUGCACAGUGAACCAGCCUCGCUGGAACCGCACUUCUUUAUCAGUUUAAACCCUCAGCUCUGCCUCCGGACUGUUUGUGCUUAAGGCUAAACAAUGACGGCACCAGCAGUCGCAGGGACGUGACCAAACACACGCCCCCCUCAUUCUUCGCUGGUAUUUGGAGCAGCUGAGACGUGCAGAAACAUCAAGCGAGCGGCCGGUUGUUUGAGGAAGGAGCAGAUCAACGCUGAGGUCAAGGAAGCGGCGAGAAGCAGCAAAAAUACACAAACGCUGCGUCUGCUGCUUCUGGUUCCACCCACAGACGCAGCUUUAAACGCUCCGAUCAGUGCCUCAUCACGGGUGCAUGAGUCAAAGGUUCACAGCCCAUUCACACAGAACCACGUCACCCUCUGCUCCAUGAGGAGCAGCACAAACACCCGCUUCAAUAAUAAACCGCGCUGUUCACUCGAGGUUCGCUCGUCUGCACCGACUGCAGAAACAGGUUGAGUUUUCACUCCUGAAAUGAGCAGCUUUUCUACUGGGCUCAGAAAUGUUCUUAACAUAGGGGGGGUGGUUGAAUGAAGAAGACAGCUUUGUUGUUAAAUGUAAACAGAUGUGAUGAAGGCUUUCUUCUUUUCUUUUCUUUUCUUAAUUUAAAAAGCCAAUAAAUAUUUGCCAUUACUGCCAUCUAGUGGUCAAAAUGACUCAACAGCACAAAACAACAUUGUUUUUCAAGAGAAUAGAAUCUAUUAACACAUUAACCAGAACCUGGUUCAUCCACUGCUUCAAACCGGAAAAGUUCCAUCUGUUGAAUUUUGUCCCUGAACCUCAUCACUUAUUAAGCUCGUUUCAUGGCUUUUCUCCUGGUUCUGUAGCGGAUGGAUGGAUGGAUCGAGCUCAACCAUCGAUACGAGCAGCGUCUCCACAUCGAUCGCCCUCAGCUGACGUGAACGCGCUGCCUUCGGUGCAAUAACGCGCUGCGAUCUCACGGGCGACAGCGGCGCUGAAGCAGAAGCAGCUCUGACUGACCACAGCCGCGCAUCAAAGGAGCCGUGAGGCAUCAGAAGCAUUGAUUACCCAGCAUGCUCUUCACCUCUGAGAUUGUGUUUCUGAUGAACAGCGGGGCUGGAUGGGCGGAGGUGUCCCCGAGGGCUCCGGCCCAGACAACACAAUCCACUCUGGCUCCGUUUGAUGUUAAUGAUAGGUUGGAUGAGGCCACAGGGCCGUGCGGUGUUUGUGGACAGGAGAGCGAAGGGACGCAGAGGUGCUCACAGCAGCCGAGGGUGAGGAUCCAAAGUCACGGAUCCUCGUUGCAUGUUGAGUUUACGCCUGGAAGCACUGACGCUUCUUCUCUGUUUUUGCCUCUGGAUAAGACUGAAAGACGUGACCCCUGACCUCUGACCUCUGCACCCUCAUCCUGUAGGACGCACACCCAUAUGUGACAUGAGUGAUAGCGUUUGACCAUUUCACGAGCUGAACUUGGAUUUUAGCCAACGACAGCUCGGCCUGAAGUCACAGAGACAGAGACGGAAUCCAGAUCAGGCUCUAGAAGCAGUUUUAUCAUUAGCUAUUAGAUGUGAGUGUGUGUAGAUGUGUUAGCAUUCUUAUUUCUCAUCUCACUACCUUCUUGUGUCUACCUCUAACUGUACGAAAGUGUGCAAAAUAAUUUCCCUCUGGGAUUAAUAAAGUUUUUUGAAUCUU